UGAUUCAUUUGCAGGCAUACUUUAAAAGGCGGCGUAACAUAUUUGUUGUUUUUUUCUUCGACAAUAGAUCGAUAUGGGGACAAGAUUUAAGAUAAUUACCCUUUGUAUGUUGUGUCUUGUUUUGAUAGUUUUAGCAAUUGUAUUGGCACUUUUUUGGUCUAUGCCGGACUUAAACUCAUCUGUGUCUAACAAUGAAAUUUGUUUUCCUGCUGAAAAGGGAUAUUUAGUUUGCAAUGAUACACGACGACGGAGAUUAAGCCUUUACCUUAAUAAGAUAAUUUCAGUCAGUUAUGACAAAGUGAAAAGGGUGGACAAAGAGCAGCAUCAACAGUUCUUGACGGAAAAAAGAGGUCAUUUUAUGGCAAUUUAUUAUACGUACUUUUGGGACAUGAAGCCAUCUACUGCUAAAGUUACAGGAAAAGAACACCCAGUCAAUACAAAAGCGACUGAUAAGAGUUGCAAACAGUCAUAUAACUAUGAAAUGCUAUGUUUUGUUGGAUUGUCUGUUAGCGUAAUAUACAUCGGAAUUAUGUUGGCUAAAAUUCGACAUGAAGUGCGGACAAUUGGUAAUGGAAAGUUUGGAUUGUGCGACGGUUGUCACCAGCCACGUGAUAUUGUACGUUUGGUGAGUUGUCGGCCUUACAAGCAUUUUCUGUGUUAUUCAUGUUUCGAGCGACUUCACGAUUGUCCUGAGUGUAAUACGUCGAUUAGAGCAUUCAUGUAAGGUAUCUACGUUAUUGCUAAAGUCAUGAUCUUCAAAACCCACAAACCUGCUCAAUGUGAAAUACUUGCCUGCUUUUUUCGCUUAGAGGAGAAAUAAAUGUCGCUUUAAAACAUUUAUUUAAGUGCUUCAGUGGAAGAAAAAAUAAAUAAUGUUACAUGUACAUUGACCAUACAAAUUUUCAAGUUUUCCUUCUACAUUUAUAUUGUUUUUCAAAAAUUAAAACGAUUUAUUGGAGACUGCCUACAAAUUAAUAUAUUUUGUUGCUAGCUUGGUGUACUUUAUAAAUAAAGUAUAACACAACUACAAUUCACACUAUACCAAUGUCAUUGUGUUGUUAACAUAUGAAGUAUAAAUAAAACUUAUUUACUUAUCAUAACAACUUGAUCAUUUACAUUGAAGUUUGAUUUUUGUGACUACAAUAUCGAGAUGUUUUAUGAAAUGACUGCAUUUUGGUGAUAAACUAUCUAGACUUUAAAAAAGUUCACGAUUUUAGUUAUUGAACCACUACUUAACUAACAUAACAUAAUAUUUAAACUCUAUUAUUUAAUUUCAAUAAAAGUACAGCAAUGGUAUGAUAUGAUUUCCCGUUGGUUGUAGAUCCUGAUCUGACAAAGUUGAAUAAAUCCCUCAGUUAUAAUCGAAGCAGUCUUUUUUAAGGAUUCUUCAGUGAAGUUCAUAUCAGAAUGAACUUCGGGUUUCUGUUAAUGCACUUAACAAAUUGUAUAUAUGUCAUUUUGAUUAUUUGAAAAUAACUUUGUGCAAUUAAAAAGACUAAGUCGUGGAUUCUGUUUGAACAGUAAAAUAUAAUAACUACAGUUGAAAUUGUAACAAUACUUUUGAUGUACGAAAAAAAUAUUUGUAACAAAUGACGAAUUCUUUACUAUCCUUCUUACUUAUAACUUGUUCAUACAAACUAU